AUGAUGCCUUCAACGUCAUCUGAGAUUCCCCAAGAGGGAGAAGAAAUAGAGCAAAAAGAAAUUGGAGAAGACGUCGCGGCGAUUCGGAAUUCAGAAGGCCUUCAGCAUCCUGAAGCUGCUGUAGAGGAAGAGAUGGAAGAAAUUAUAGAAGUCGAUGGGGAGGAGAUUAUUUUUGCGGUAAAAAAUGAUUUAGCAAACCCAAAUGUUUACUUUUUCAAAAAUUUGCAGGACGAAGAUGAGUACGUUGAAUAUGACGCCAUAGUCAGCUUGUCCAACGAACGGAAUUUGCUUUUCGAUAUGUACCAACCACAAAUCACUGAACAAGGCACAUUUCUGUGCAAAAUUUGCCUUCGGACCGGCAAAAAUACAGAAUAUCCCGAUCGAAACACGUUUGUAGCUCACCGAUACAAGUGUCAUGGAAGUUUUAAUAACAACGUUAUAUGCCCCAUCACCGAUUGUCGAGAAGUCUACGCUUCCCUAUACACCCUCCGACGUCAUCUAAGUCAGAAUCACGAGCUUCCGAUUGAGGUUCACCUUCAAACGUUUACAAAUAUCGGAGAAUUCGAGAAAUUCCGACAUUUAGUCGAGUUGGCCUCGGGAUGUCGGUAUAUGAUGCACACGAAACAGCCGAAAUAUCGAAGACAAGUCAUGCAUUGUGCGAAAAGUGAACACAAAUUGGUGCUGCAGACACAGAAACACCGCUUGCCACGUGAACGAAUGCUCAAAGAAGGAUCCGCAUGUCCAUCAGUCAUCUCCUACCGUGUAAACGCUUCCAAUGGAGAAGUGCACGCCUUCAUGCAGCUCUACCACGUUGGCCACGCCCCUGACUCUGAUGUGGAGAACAGUAACGCAGAUACCGCCCGUCCUAUGGAUAUCAUAUUCCCUCUGAAGCCGUCAUUUUUGGCUGAUCACCCAAUGCAAUACGUACAAAUCGAUGUUCAUGAAAUGCCAACCGCUGUGUAUGGAUCCAAAAUUUACGAGUAUUUUCUGAUAGUGACAUGUCUAAAAUCGAAAUUCAUUUGGGCAAAACCGCUAUUCGAUUGUACUCGAACACAUAUUGGAAUGAUUCUGAAUUCGAUUUUCAAUGAGUACGGUAUCCCGGAGGGAUUCUCUACCACAUUCCAUCCCACGUAUAUUCGAGAUGCGAUGAAAUCGUUGGAGAGUGUCUAUGCAAUUGAAAUUCGAGAAGUUUGGAAUGAGCCAAUACCGUAUAUUCAUCUGGAGAGAUGGGCGUUGGACGUGGCAGAGCAUGAUAUGCAGACAAGGAAUCGAUGGGUCGAGCAGCUGCAGUUUGUGGUGAUGGAAUACAAUCAAAGAUCGAUCCGUGAGCAACCGGAAACACCAUUCGAACGGAUGUUCAAUAGGAAAGCUCCGAAUUUAUAUCAUAACGGACAACGGGAGGAUCAAUUAGCUGCAAAGCUACGUGGAUAUCACAUCGAGUUACGGAGAGAAAUCGAAGGGAUGGAAGAGGAUUUGGGAGUGACUUUUGCGCCAGGACAGAAAGUUUUUCUCCGCAAAGGAAUCACAAAACCGCGACGUGGCAACAACAGCCAAUUCUACUUUGGCUACAUUUCCGACUACGACCCUCACAACCAAUACUAUCCGUAUAAAGUGCACUACUCCAGUACAGACUCUCCAUGGCCCAGCGAACGAAACCUAUUCGCUUGGGUUAGUGUCUUCGACCUACUUCCCACAAUUCACGGAAUCUCUGAAAUGUCGGCGAACGAGAAGCGCGAAUCCAUCGCGAGCUACAUGUGCUCCUGUCCUGGAAUCUCGUCCAACAAACUCUUCGAUAUGUCAGCAGUAGGAAAGCCGGCGAGAAAAGCGUCUCAUUGUCUGCUAUUCCGCAAUCUUCUAUGCACAAACAUGAUGUCUAAAUACUGCUGUAAACACGUGGCAAGUGAGCCAUGCAAAUUCCAUUCGAUGUAUCCGGAAAACGAGGAGUCGUACACGAAAAUGGAUCAAGUCUUGCAGAAUUAUUUGCAGACUAAAGAGCUGGAGAAGCAUACAAACAAAAUGCAGGACGCCGAACCAAUCCGUCGUAUGGUACAGGAAGAAAUCGACAGAAUGCACAUGGACGGAGAGGAUUUCGAUAUUCUGGAUGAGGAUGAUUACGGUCCGCCCGUUCUGGAGCGUGGUGAUUCUGGAGAAGAAGAGCAGCCAGAAGACGUCGUGGAGGAGGAGCCUACUGCAGAAGGCGCCCCAGAAAUAGAAGCAGCUGGAACGACGUCGGAACACGUGGAUAUAGAAGGCGUUGACGAACCGGAUGAAGCAGAAGAAGACGUUGGAUUCCAAUAUGAAGACGUAAAGCCAGAAGUGGAAGAAGACGUCGAGCAGGAAGGAACGUCUUCAAAACGUGGGAGAACUUUUGAUGCGACGAAGUCUCCAGAACCCAGAAAACGACAGAAGGCGUCGGAAUCGUCAGAAAGAAGAGCGUCAGGACGACGUUCAGUGAGGCCGAAGAAUUUGGAGGAUUAUGUUGUGGAGUAA